AUGGUGAAGUCGAGCGAUCUGAUUGAAUCGAAGCCCCUGUUGAAGCUGGCCUUGAACUCGAUUUCCACCGUUGACCAAAAGCUUCUGCAGUCCGAUUUAAAGGUCAAAAUGAGGGAUCUCGUGUUGCCAUUUCUCGAAGCUCUGACUCUUAAAGAGGUCUCUGCGUCUCUGACACGGCUGUCGCUUACCUCAUUGGAGCGGUUUAUCAAUGCCGGCAUUUUUUGCUCUUCAAGCAAGCUUGGAGACGAGUACAUGCUUGAAGACUUAAACUCGUGCUUUCUGUAUGUGAUUCAGUCCAUUGUCCGGUGUAAAUUUGAAUCCAGCGACAGCGCCACGGACGAGUCCGUGCUUUUGCGCAUCCUAUCGAUCCUGAACGGUGUGAUGGACAACCCGAUCUCCGAUCAUCUCUCGGAUUCGGCAGUCUGUGAGCUAUUGGAGACAAUGUUUUCGAUUUGCUUACAAACUCGUCUAUCGGAGCCAUUGCGGUCCCAGGCGGAAGGGCAUCUUCAUUCCGUCAUCAGGAAGGUGUUCAAGAGAAUUUGUCAAACGAAAAAGCUGAACACAAACGUUGAGCCGCUGUCGGAUUUUCAUGCAAGCAACAACACGUACAAAAUCGCCAAUGUUUUCUGCAAUGAAUCUGGCUCGACGGACUCGAUUUCGGACGACAAUGGCGAGUCUGUUAAAUCGCACGAAAAUUUUGUCGAUUCUCCGGUCAACAAGGUGCACAUGGAGCCGUCCUUUAUUCUCCAGGACGAAUACGAGGUGCGGUUCAAUUACAAAGAAAAUGUAUCCUAUGGAAUGGCUGCUGGAUUUGAGAUUUUAAAGUUUGUCAGCGAUCUGAUCCAGCCUUAUGACCGUCAAAUUUCAGACAAAAUCAGGCUUUUUGGGCUGCGGCUUUUGCUUUCCAUCAUGGAUGAGCUUGACAACUACGAAUUUUCGGUCCCGUUUGACGAAAUCUUUUCUCUGAUCGAAAACAUCACUUGUAAAUAUUUGUUUCAGCUGCUGCACGUGGAAAAUGCAUCGCUGCUCAAUUUUUCGUUGAAGCUUUUGCUGAAAAUUUUCGAAACCUUCCAGCACCCGAUUUUGGCCCAUCUUGAGAUGUUCAUUUGCAUUGUUAUCGAUAUCUUGGCCAACAAGGACUUUCGAUCGCUGCACUCGGAAAGGACCGAUUUGUACUUUGAAAGCCUUUUUGAGAUAUUGCGCCCCGUUGAGGGACAAGCCAAUUACAAGUUCGACAACUCCAGGAUGUAUGCUUUAGAAGCGAUCCUGUAUCUUGUUCGAUACUUUUCACAGCGCGAAAAUCUUGCUUCAACAUCUCCGUGUGCGUCUCCCUAUUUUCCCCAAGUGAAUAUAUCGCCAGGGUUUUUGAGGAAGCAACGGGAGCGGAAAUGGACCCUGUGCCAGGCCUCCGAUCGAUUCAAUAUAAGCACCAGUGAUGGGAUAUCUUUUCUGCAAACCCCAGAGGAGAUUUGCGUCUUUCUUCGAGGAUCCCCGGGGCUAAGUAAAAAGUCGAUUGGAGAGUAUCUUUCCAAACCUUCAAACAUUGCGAUUUUAAAAUCGUUCGUGGGCUCGUUCAACUUUCGGGGGCUCUCCAUUGACGAGGCUCUACGCCGCCUGCUUGAAACGUUCCGCCUGCCAGGCGAAUCCGCCCAAAUUGAACGAAUUAUGGAGACCUUUUCGGACCAUUAUUUCAACUCCAAUUGCUCGGAUGGGUCUGAGCUGAAGUCUGCAGGUUCUGCCUUUGUGCUUUCCUACUCGAUUACCAUGCUCAAUACGGACCAGCACAACCCGUCCGUCAAGCAUCGAAUGUCUUGCGAAGAUUUUAUCAAAAACAAUCGAGGCAAUAACAAUGGGGAUGACUUUUCGCCCUCCUUUCUGGAGAAGGAGCUUCUGAUGCCCGAUGAGCAAGAAGGAGAGCUUAAAUUUAAUUAUCGAUGGAAUGAGCUGCUCAAAUCGUCGUUUGCCAAGCGUGGGCAGUAUGGCAAGUUUUUGGUUCACACCUUUGACUAUGACUUUGACAUUGUUAACCUUUUUUCAGAGUCUCUGAUAUCUUGCAUGGGAAGCGUUUUGGAGAUCAAUGUGCAUCACAGCUACCAAUUGAAGACAUUCUCGCAAGCAAUAUCGGUUCUUGAGGCCUUGUGCCAUUGGGGCUCCCAUCAUGAUGCGGCGUGUGUGCCAAAGCUGUUUGAAAAGGCCAUUUUGCUGCUUCUGAUUUACGAUUCAAGCUUGCAAAGUUUUGUCACGGAGGCCCUUAAAUCUCCGCUUUUGCCCUUGUCUUUAGUCGAAGAUCGAAUGGUCCCCAUCCAAAAUCAGAUCAAGCUGCACACCAGUGGGCCCCUUUCUUCGUUGGAUACGCGCAGAAUCUUCAUCGUUGUCAAAUUUUUGCUCACAUUGUGGACCAACUACACAACGCUGGUUCCCACAAAGCUGAUGCUCUUUUUCCUGGGCCAAUUGUACAUUUGUCGCAGAUUGCCUCCCUCUUUCAUGCUGAUCGAUGAUUUUUGCCUUGGAAGACAUUUGAUCUAUUUUUCGAAAAAGUUUCUCGACCGAAAGGCACAGUCGAUCCAACCAUCCUCGCUGUUUUCUUCAUGGGGCCUCUCCACAAUAUCUUCCUAUUUGGCUCUUUCUGCUCAGGUGAUAUCUCCAUUGGCAUCUCCAGCGUCAACGCCUUCCACUGUUUUUCAGGACUCGCUGUUGAUGGAGGGCAUGUCUUCCAUUCAGAACAACAUUGUAGAUCUGGCGAUGAUCAAGAAAAAGCUACCCGACCUGUACCCGGGGGCUGCUACGUCCUUCAUUGAGGAGUCUUUUGGCUCGUACGUCGAUUUUGCCUCGUUUUUUGCAAAGCUUUCGCCUUCCUCGAUCAAUGACGAGUCGUUUCUUUCUUUCGUCAGAGAAGUGGUUUCUUUCAUCUCGUUGUUACUUUGUGGAGAGCAGCACUUUAACAUGGAUGUCACUUCGUUCACCAAGAAUGACACCAGGGGACCAGUUUUUUGCCUUUUUGCAAUCGAUCCUAUGCGCCACUCCAAACUCGAUCAAGACGACCUCAUUGUCAUCACUUGCGCUAUCCACAUCGUCAAGCCCCAGCAUCAGCGAGGUCAGUCUUAUCCUUUCAUCGUUCCGCUCUUUUUGUUGCGAACUGAUCAUCAUCGUGACGCUGAAAGUCCUGAUGGAUCUAACGAUGGUAACGCCACAUGCUUUGCUUAUUUACCAGGAAUCAAAUGCUGCGUGUGUUGGGCUAAAGACCGAGCUGUUUGGCUUGAUUUCUUGCCUCGAUUUGCGAGUGUUCGAGUGCGUGGCGGUUCAGUUGUUUUCGGGCUUUCUAAAGCUAUGCAAUUGCGGGCCAUUUUUCAACAAAAAUUUGGAGCAAUUUGGUCACGUUUGCUCCAUACUGGAGAAGGGGCUGUCCCAUGCGCCCUCGGUCUCGCCUACCUUCCAACUUAUCACAAGCAUCAUCAGCGAGGAUUAUUUCCAGCUCCUUGCCAGCGACAAUGCGCAGGAGGAUGGCCAGUUUUGCAAUUUUUAUUUUUCCUCCCUGACAAAGCUGCUGUUUUUCUUUCUUCAUUCUAG